AUGCCGCCGACUACAUCAUCGAAUGCUAAGAAGUCACCGGCGUUGCGGACGCUGCAAACCAAGCUGAGGUCAUACCAGAAUAUGUUCAGGGAUAUCUGCAGGUUCGCCGAUUCUCUUGGGGUAGAAACUACAGCCAGCCAGGUGACAGUUCGACUGGAAAAACUUGAGGAGUUGUGGGAGAAGGUGAACGAUGUGAUCUUGGACAUCGAAACACACGAAGACUUCGAAGCAGAGGAUGACGCCUAUGCUGAGCAACAGUCGGAGUUUGGAAACCGCUACUACCAGGUGAAGUCGGUGUUGUUCGACAAGAUCAAGGAGCUAGAGGAACCUGCUGUCCUGAAUGCCUCCAUCCGGGGACUCGACAUGACACAACAACCCACCAUAGAGCAUGGAUGUCUGUCAGGAGAAGCUAAGGCGCUUAUUGACCCGCUGUCGAUUACAAGGGUGAAUUAUCAGGUCGCAUGGGAGACGCUAACCAAACGCUACAACGACAGUAAAAUCCUGAAGCGGCGUCAGAUUCAUGCGCUGUUUAAGUUACCUAAACUGGCUAAGGAGUCGGCCGACGAAUUGCAGUCGUUGCUGGAGGGAUUCGAACGUGUUGUUCAGACCCUUGAUCAGCUGGUACAACCCGCCGACUACAAGGAUCUUCUACUGCUAGACAUAUUAGCUUCGCGUCUAGACAGUGGAACCAGGAGAGCUUGGGAAGAGCAUUCAUCCACCAAGGAGCAGGAUACGGUGAAGGACUUGACCGAAUUCUUGCAAAGACGGAUCAGAGUACUGAGAGCAUUGCCAACUAGAUCCGUUGAACCCAAGGUUGUCGUGCCACAAUCGCAAAAGAAGCCAUUUGUAGCGCGCUCUAGCCAUAGCGUCGUACAAAAUACAGGAGGACGGUGCAUCGCGUGUUCGGAAUCCCAUCCUCUUUAUCAAUGUCCAGCUUUCCAACUUUUAGCAGUAUCCGCCCGCGAUAAACUGCUCCGCAACCACUCCUUUUGUCGCAAUUGUUUUCGGAAGGGUCAUCUGGCUGCGGAUUGUUCUUCACGAUAUGUGUGCCGUAAUUGCAAGGGCAAGCACCAUACCUUGGUAUGUUUUCGGACGGACGGCGAAGGCGGUAAGGAGUCAACCACUAAGGGAGCAAACAGUUCCGGGAAUUCCAAGGAAGGGGAAUCUAGUACCAGAAUAGCCAGCACACCAUCGGCUGUUUCAUACAACAUGUCUGGUCAGCGCAGCUCAUCGGUAUUGCUAGCUACGGCCAUCGUCUUAGUAGAGGACGAUCAAGGAGGUAGUUAUCAGGCAAGGGCUCUACUGGAUUCGGGUUCUGAAUGCAAUUUCAUGACCGAGCGGUUAUGUCAACUGAUGAACGUUCAACGGCGGCGGUCCGACGUGUCUGUGUACGGGAUCGGGCAAUCCAAUACCAAGGUCAAGUAUAAGGUGACAACAACAGUCAAGUCGCGAGUAUCUGCUUUCUCGCGGAAGAUGGAGUUUCUUCUACUACCGAGUGUCACAGCAAAUCUUCCGAUAACCAACGUGGAUAUGACGGGAUGGGAAAUCCCAACUGGCGUGGAGCAAGCGGAUCCAGCGUUUUUCAAAUCCAAGGCGGUUGAUUUAGUGCUUGGGAUCCAGUACUUCUUCACAUUUUUCCAUACCGGGAAUGAAGUGCAGUUAGGCAAGGGCCUUCCUACUCUAACCGAGUCGGUAUUCGGAUGGGUAGUAUCUGGCACGGUUGAAAGCUCGCUAGAAACCCAACGUAUAACCUGCAAUAUGGCAGUCGGUCUGGAGGAAAUAUUGACUCGUUUCUGGACCUGUGACCUAUUUAUUCGCCUGAGGAAGCACGCUGCAAGGAGCAGUAUGCUAGAACUGUACGAAGGGGAACGGAUGGCCGAUACACAGUCUCACUACCAAGGGAUGAAGUCGCACUGGCAAGGAUGGGCGAGUCAAGGGACAUCGAAGUCUGGCGGCUAG